AUGUAUACAAAAAUCGCACUUAUGGAUUGGUUUACAUACUUGGACAUCACCUCCGGCGAGCCCCGCCGCUGGCCCGUCCUCGCAGAACGGCGAGCCCCUCCCCGACCACGCCCUCAAAACGCCGUCGUAAUUCAGUUUCAGGUGAAGCUCGCCACCCGCUCGGCCAAAUUCCUCUCCACCCGAACCCUUACUGCCAGAUUUAACCUCAUUUCGCUUGCCCGAUCCCGAAUUCUUCCUCCUCGCCGACGCCUUCUUCCCCACCGGAACCUCAGCAACCUUCGGAAGGAACAGCCCAAAACCGCCGUCCGCCGCCGCGGAUCCUCGAUUGCAUUCCAAUUUCUCGACCCAGUGCGAAAAUUGGGGCUCUCGAGCGAUUUGGGAGGCGGCGUGAGCAGGGCCGAGGGCUCGAACAGAUACGGGCCCUGCAAUUUGGUGAAUUCGGGCCCUGUUGGGAGGAUUAUUGAAAAUUGA